UCGGACACCGUACAGUAUCGAUCCGACGGAUUGUAGACACGAUCAUCCUUGAUGUCUGUGCGCAGAAGUCGCAUUUACGACACAGGACUAUUAGUGAGAAAAACAACCUGCAUCUUUAUUUUAUAAUCACUUGCUUACGUGAACGCAUGGGUCCGUGGGACAUCAACCGCAACUGGUGACGUCACCUGAUAGAGAUAAACCACCAACUACGUUGAUUACAACGCAAGCCUGAGAUUUAUCAAUAAGCUUUUUGUGAACUAAUUGCUGUUUUUCUCCCACCCGAUCAAUACAGAAUGGAUCACGCAUAUAUAAAUGGUAACCUGAAUGCUGGUAUGGGGGAUGAGUUCAUGGUGGCCGCAGAUCUGACUCUGUACGGAAACCCGCUCAGAUGUCUCACCAGCCGGAAGAAGAAGCCAGAACCGAAACCGGAGCAGGCGAAGGAACAGAAGCCGGAAAAGAAAGCGGACCAGCCGUCCAACCAGGACAAGAAAGGCGGGGAAAAGACGACACGAGAGAAAGAGUUAAACAUGGAAAGAAAAUGUUCCAAUGAAGAAGAUUUGAUCGCUGCACUGGACAAGAUAAAUUCCGACAGCAACGAGACGAUUGCUGCGGACCUGACCAAGUACAAUAGCCCAUUGGACGACAAGAUCUGAGACUGCUGAACGUUAGUUUCGGUAGCACUAUACCAGAUAACAUCCGGUAGGGGUCAAAGUUCAAAGUGCAUCUAUUUGGUUUUUUGAUGGCGCAGAUAUUACUACGUUACCAGUCCUGCUAUUGUUGAUGAACGUAACCAGGGUUUUUAUGUCUAAAAUUUGACUUGACGACAACAGCUUUGAUUUUUGGAAUUUUAGCGUCCUUUUACAAGAACAACAAAAAAUAAUAAUUUAAAAGAAAUAAUUAAAACAUAUAAUUUUUAUUUUAUUUCCAAAAACAGCUUAAUAAAUUAAUUUUUAUUUUAAAAUAUAAUACUAUACAUAUAUGCUUUUAUUUAUUCAAAUGAAUAUUUAUUUUGCGUUAUGAAAUGUUUUGGGUAAGGGAACAAGUGUUUGCCAAAUGUUACGUAUCGUUUAAAAAAAAAAAAAUCUGCAUAUAAAUAAAGUGAUGGCAAUGUCACUGCUACAACAGGUCUGUCUAAGCCGUAAGAUAUGCAAUAAUAUACAAACGUGAUAUCUACAUACAGAUUGGGGAAUAUAUAGUCCAGAAUUGAGGGGGAAAACGACAUAGCAUUUGGGAAAUGGUGGGGAAUGAUGUCGAUUAUCGCAGUCUAGAAACACAGGUAAUAAAACCCUGGUAACAAAGUUUGUUGUUUAAGAAAAAGAAAACAAAUCUUGAAAAUAAAUGUAUGCAAUUUUAUUUCACCUAGUACCGCUAUGCUUGAAACGUGUAUGGGGUACCUAUAAAACUGAUACACAAAUAAUACUUAAAAAGCGAAGAAAGAGUGUGUGUUUUGAAAGCUUUCCGUUGUAAUGAAAAUAAGCCAUGUUAUAGGUACCAUUUUUUUCAGUUAAUAUUUCGAGGGAGGUGUUGUAGGAUUCAUAUUUAUGGGUCAUAGUUUGGUUGAUAUAUUGCAUAUAGUAAUUUUUGUCAGUUACGUUUUCAUCCCUAACAAGACCUUUAUUUUCCCUCCCCCCCCCCCCCCCCCCCAACACACCAACAAAAUAAAGACGGAUGCUGCGUUUUCAUGCUGUUUGUAAACAUGUUUUAUAUUCUGGGUUUUCAGCCCUAACAUCACUAUCAUUUGACCUCCCCCCCCCCCCCUUAAAAUAAAAACCAACAACAACAAACACAGAUCCUGAUUUACUCUCGUGAAAAUAUGUUUAAAUAUAAAGUACUAUUCGAAUAAAUACAUUUUGCUUGGCCCUUGAAAGAAAUAGAAGAUUCGUAUGUAUGAAAAUAGUUUAGUCAAAUAUCAAUAUUGAGACACUACAAAACAUUAAGAUGUCCGGAAAUGCAUUGAUUAUAGAAAUAUUCACAUUCUAAGCAAGAAAAUGUAAGUAAAAAUGUAAUUGUCAUAAUGUAAAAAUAUUGUAUUUUCCGAAAACCUACUAAAGUGACUACAAACCCAAAUCUAAUUAAAAUUAGCUCCACUAUUACUACUGGUAGACCCAGUAAAGCUAAUUAUAAUCAGAUUGUACAAACCCAGAAUAAUCCCUUUAAUGAUAAUUGUUGAAUAUGGGAUUUUAUUUGGUAUAACACAGCCAUAUUGAUAUAAAGGGUUUAAAAACACAGUAUAAAAUAUGAUCAAUUAUUGAGGCUUUUUUUUUUCUUCUUCUUCCUCUAUUUUUAAAUCGUUAACUUACACAUUACAUAAAGAGUAAGACCCCAGUUUUUACUUACAUCUUACUGUUUAGAAUAUCAAUGUUCGUACAUCCAAAGUGCUUCUGGUCAUCUGGUUUGUUUUGGGUGGGGUUUUAUUUUUCUUUCUUCUUUUUUUUUAUUUUUCCUUCUUUUUUUUUUUCUUUUUUUUUUUUUUUUGGAGGUGGGAGGUUCGAGAGGGAAGUUGCAAUUACAUUUUCGAUAAUUCUAUUAACACAGAUACUUCUGAGACAUAACCGUUAUCAAGCCAAGCUCCAAUAUAUAGAGGAUAUUUCAUGUUUUGUUUUUUUAUGUUGUCAAAUAUGAUUUACAUCUCAUCGAGUGAAAGAAAGAAAUGUUUUAUUUAACGACGCACUCAACACAUUGUAUUUACGGUUAUAUGG